AUGGCGGCAGUCCUCCACCAAUAUGACUACAUCUUUGCGAUAGCCACCAUAUUUUCCUUUCUCGAUGCCUGGAACAUUGGCGCAAACGACGUCGCCAACUCCUUCGCGACCUCCGUCUCCUCCCGCUCCCUGACCAUGAAGCAGGCCAUGGUCAUCGCCACCUUCGCCGAGUUCGGGGGCUCCGUCUCCAUCGGCUCCCGCGUCGCCGACACGAUCCGCAACCGCAUCAUCGACCCGCACCUCUACGACGACCGCCCGAGCGUGCUGCUGCUCGUCAUGAUGUGCGCCAUCUUCGGGUCUUCCGUGUUCCUCAGCAUCGCAACCCGCAACGGCCUGCCCAUCUCGACGACGCACUCCAUCAUCGGCGGCAUCGUCGGCGCUGCGACGGCGUCCGUCGGCAUCGGCCAGAUCUCGUGGGGCUGGGACGGCGUGUCGCAGGUCUUUGCGGCGUGGAUCGUCGCGCCAGGGUUAUCGGGCGUGCUGGGCGCGGGGCUCUUUCUUGUGACGAAGAAGUUCGUCCUGACGAAGACGAACGCGGUGAGGAAGGCGUUUUACUCCAUCCCGUUCUAUACGUUCCUGACCUUUGGAGCGUUGACGAUGCUCAUGGCGUGGAAAGGGGUCCAGACCGAGGUCGAACUCACCCCCACCCAGAUCCUCAUCGCCGUCUUCUCCGUCGCAACCGGCGCCACCUCUCUCCAGGCAUUCUUCAUCCUCCCCUACCUCUGGCGCAAGAUCGUCAACGAGGACUGGCAGCUCGAGUGGACAAUGAUAUGGAAAGGUCCCUGGCUCCUCAACCGCCCACCACCCCCUCCGCCCCCGCCGGGCGUCAACAAGAUCAACAUCAAAGAUUACUACCGCGGCCACCUCACCGUCGACGAGCUCGCCUACGUCCGCGCCUCCGAGACCCUCCUCGAAUCGAUCCAGACAAGCCAGACGCCCUCCGAUCUCUUUAAAGACGAGCCAGCCGUCCUUCUCCCCUCCCCGGCGCUCGCCCUCCCGCAAACUCCUUCUUCCGCAGAAACAGUCACCUCCCGCCGCUCCUCAGAAGACAUCAUUCCCCCGCGCCCCGCCGGGCCGUGGAACAGCCUGCCAGUCCUCCUCUGGCGCAUCAACCGCCUCGUCCUCCGCGGCCUCGAAAAGGACGUCGUCAGCCUGCAAAAGCGCAAUGCCCUCCUCAGCUGGGACAUCGAGGACAUGCACGCGCGAGCUCCGCACUACGACAACCGCGCAGAGUACAUGUACAGCGCGCUGCAGAUCCUCACGGCCUCUACAGCGUCCUUCAUCCACGGCGCCAACGACGUGGCCAACUCCAUCGGGCCCUUUGCCACAGCCUACGACAUCUGGCGCUCGGGGAGAGUGGAAACGGCGGUCGGCGUGCCACUGUGGAUUCUGUGUUUCGGCGGCGGCGCGAUCGCUGACGCUGAUCUCGCCGAGCCGCGGGUUCGUGAUGGAGCUGGCGAGCGCGAUUACGGUGCUGAUGGCAACGCGGCUGGCGUUGCCGGUGUCGACGACGCAGUGUGUCGCGGGCGCGACGGUGGGUGUUGGGCUCGCGAAUGGGGACUGGAGGUGUAUUAA